GUGUCUUUCACUGCAUUCCAUUCCAUCAGCGUUUAGCAGUCAGUUUACAUUGCAUUUUCAUUGCACUUUGCGUUUUUGUUCAAAAUAAUUCAAUAAAAAUUAAAACAGCUUCCACAAAUCACAAAUAAGCCAUAGGCCAAGCAUGGACGACUACGAAAAUCAAAGUAUUGUAAGCGAUGCGAAUCGUGGCGUUGGCUUGAUGAGUGGUGGCCCCCAUGGCCGCAACGAGAACGCCUCUUCUUUUGGUGUUGUGAAGGUCGGUGGUUGGCGAUAUGAGGAUUCCACGCGUUACAUUGGUGAAUGGGAUCAGCGUGGCCAGAAGCAUGGCGUUGGCCAUUUACAGUUUCCCGAUGGCACACGCUACGAUGGACAAUUCCACGAUGGACUGAGUCAUGGAAAGGGCUGUCUUUGGUUCUCGGAUGGUGCCAAAUACGAAGGUGAAUUCAUGCAGGGCUGGUUUCACGGUUACGGCAUAUUUUGGCGCUCCGAUGGCAUGAAGUUUGAAGGUGAAUUUCGUGGUGGAAAGAUCUGGGGGCUUGGCCUGCUAACGUUUCGCGAUUUCACACACGGCUUUCCGCGCAAUGAAGGCUUCUUUCAAGACUGCCGUUUGGUACGUAAACAACGCUGCCCAGACGUGGUGCAGCGCGCGCAGAAAUGUGCCCUAAUGGCGCGUUCGCAAUGUGACCAUCCGUAUUAGCGUUAAGCAUGCAUGCAUAUGUACAAAAGCAUACAAACAUACACAUCCACUUUCGACGAUCUGAUCACAAAUAUAAACGUUUUCAUGACAGGCGGUAC